UAGACUCUGAAUGUGACCAGAUAGACCCGUGCUGAGUCACAUCUGAGAGGCCCUGCAGCUUCCUCCCCUUGCUGGCGGUCCCAGAGCACACCCCAUUGCUCCUCCCUUCUUCAAAAGGAAGGAAAGUGUGAGCUCCAGCCCUCUGCGGAGUAAGAGCAGCCAAGAGGCCCAAGCCAUCAGUCCUCUGAAAGCCUUCCCCCAUCAGAGCUCUGCAGGGGACAGAUUGACUCACCACUAGAGUGUGCGGCCCGUGGUCCCUCCCCACCCUGCUGGGAUGGACAGUCAGCAGCACACCACCAAGGAGCCUGAGAUCGAGCUGUUUGUGAAGGCUGGUCUGGAUGGAGAAAACAUCGGAAACUGCCCCUUCUGCCAGCGCCUCUUCAUGGUGCUCUGGCUCAAAGGCGUCAAGUUCAAUGUUACCACAGUGGACAUGACCAGGAAACCCGAAGAGUUGAAAGAUUUAGCGCCGGGCACCAACCCACCCUUCUUGCUGUUCAACAAGGAGCUGAAAACAGACUUCAUCAAGAUUGAGGAGUUCCUGGAGCAGACCCUGGGUCCACCCACGUAUCCACACUUGAGCCCCAAGUACAAGGAAUCCUUUGAUGUGGGCAGUGACAUCUUUGCCAAGUUCUCAGCAUACAUCAAGAACCCACGCAAAGAAGCAAAUAUCAAUUUUGAGAAGGCUCUGCUGCGAGAAUUUCAGCGCCUGGAUGUCUACCUGAACACUCCUCUCCCAGAGGAGAUUGACCAGGACAGUGUGGAGGACAUCACCAUCUCCAAGAGGAAAUUCCUGGAUGGAGACCAUCUGACUCUGGCUGAUUGCAACCUCCUGCCCAAAUUGCAUAUCAUCAAGAUUGCAGCCAAAAAGUAUCGUGACUUCGAAAUCCCAGAGGACAUGACAGGUGUCUGGCGCUACCUCAACAACGCCUAUGCCUGUGAUGAGUUCAAUCACACCUGUCCUGCAGACGAGGAGAUCGAGCACACCUAUGCCAGCAUUGCCAGGAAGAUGACCUAACCAUAGGGUAGGGUGGGCUGGUGGCAUUGCCAUGGCUGAGCCCUCCGACUCUGCAGUCCUGACACAACCAAAACCAGCCAAUGGAGAGAUUGGAGAGGGUUUACAGCAUUGCUAGCUCCUGCCUUUCAGAAACAGCACCUUGCUUCACAGCCCCUGCCACUGCCUCCUCCUUCCCUUCUGCUGGCUGCAACCCCUGCACACCAGCAGUGCUGACCACAUGUACACACUGCUCCCAUCUGGAUGUAGCUGCAUCCCAACUCCCCGAAAACAUUUCUCACAGCCUAUGACUUUGUGUCAUAGGAAAAGCCGAGCACUAGCCUCCUGCAGUGGUGCUUUCAUGGAAGAGAUGAGACCCACAAAUGCCUAGGCCAUCCCAGCCUUCCCAUCCCCAUCUGGCAGCCCUGUGUGGUCCCAGCUAUCGUAUGCUUGUUGUGGGAUCCCAGUGCUUCCGCCGGGCUGGAGCUGUUUGCAUUCACCUGUUGCCAACCUGGUCAGCACCUGGGGCUGGCAUUUGGGCAGCCCUCUUCCAAGACAUCAGCUCCCUCUGAAGAUAUGGAAAGGCUCUGCCCUGGCAGCUCAUUGCAGUGAAAAAUUGUGCUCACUCUUGAGGGCUGAGAUAUGGGUCUGUCUCCCCAUAGGACGUGGAGGUAGGUGAGUGCUGGGGGUCAUGCCUGGUGCAACAGUGCCAGGACCAGCUAUGGGAGGAAACAAAGGGUCAGGGGACCUGCAAAGGGCCUGAGGAUAAAGGGCUGAGGAUCAGGGCAUCCCUCCCACGAUUGCCAGUGCCCAGGACUGCGUGCUGCCGGCUGCAAGGUCCCGUGUGGCUGCUCCCAGCUCAGAAGCCUCUGUGCCUUGCAGGACUCUGCAGAGGGUGCAGCCAAGCUCUAGCUCCAUAUGCCCCUAGUUCCCACCAACACCUCUGGCACCUGAGGCUGGGAGCAGCCACAGGGUAGUGCACAUGUUUAGUUUCCACACUGGAAAGCCCAGGAAAAACGACAGCAGCAGUUUGGAAAAGGUGUAGGCAGUGCCCCUUGGCUCAGCUUGCCCUCACAUCCUGUGUCACUGAUGCCCUCACGUCCUGUGUCGCUGACAUGAGGCAUCAAAGCUGCUCUACACAGCCAUGACAUCCUAUGUUCCCCCUCUGAUGCCUUCAGCUCCCCCAGGACUCCCACCAGAGCUUGGGAAUUCGGCCAGCCCUCCUUAACCAGCCCCAAGUCAAAUCAAUACUGUACAGUGGGCGUGGUGGGUUCUGUGGGAACUGAAUUGAGCAGAGCCCUCUCAGCCCUCACUGCCACUUUCCUCUUUGCACUAAAGGUGUGUCCUCACAAGCCUGUCUCAGAUAGUGCCAGGUUUGGGGACUGGAUUUGUUACUAAUGGGUUUUGGUUUGUUAUUUUUUAUAAACUAAGAACAUCAAUAAACUAUGUUUUAAUAUGC